GUGUCCUUCCUGAAAGCACCUCCACUCGUUUGGUGAAUGUAUAGUACAAUCAAAGAAAGGAACUAUGUGCAAUGUGUGUGCAACACAUGUGAGUAGUGUGGUAUGGUCAAUUAUGAAACAUUAAUAUGAUGCAACUAUGUGAACUCUAAGUUUUUUUUAUGUAGUCGGACAGUGGUGGAUUCAGAAAUACAAGUCAAAGUUCAUAAACUCUAACAUUACAAUUCACAUUUCAUAAAUUCCAAUAAUGUAUUUUUCAUAUAUUUCAAUAUUUUUGUGUUAGACAAUUAUUUACAAGUUGAUCGCCUAUUUAAUUUUGGAAUUUGUUCUUGAUAUAAGUUAAAACUGGGAAAAACUUGCAAAACUUAUUAUUACGAACGAUAAAAUUAAUACUAGUUUUAGAAGCAACAAGACUAAUAAAUUUAGCAGAUUAUUUUCUCUCUUUACCGCCAACUCUACACAAACCAAAAUAAAUAUAACCUUCAAUAAGGAAACGCUCACCUAGUCUAAUCAUACUAAGAACCACGGAUUUAGAAACUCUAUCGUACCAGCCGAUCCGAUCGGAUAUCAUACCUAAAAAAAUUGAUAAUUUUAGCGAUAUGAAGCGGUUGAACCACAAUUUUAAUAUACAAUAUCAUAUUACUAACUUUUUUUAUAUAACUUUCGGCACGGUUUCACAAUUAAAGCACUUUUACUAUGUUAUAUAGCAUUGGUGCUUUAAUGUACAACUUGAUGUUGUACCAUAACAUUAAAUAUAUGAGUUCAAAAUCGGAUAGCACCAAGUUGUAUAUUAAAGUAACAAUGUUAAAUGAUAAUAUAAAAUUCUUCUCACAAUUAUGGCUAAAAGCCUAAAACACGACCACCAAUUGACCCAACCCACCAUUAUUUCCUCUUCAAUUAGGUUUAUGACUCAGCCCACCUAUAUUUUGCUCUUAUGUUGGCCUACGUUUAAGUUAAGCCCACUAGAGCCUUGUGAAUCGAACAUAAUCCAGCUCCAAUUAGAAUACUUUUGAUAUGAUUUUAGCCUGGUGGACCUAUACCGUCGAUCCAAACGCCCAAGCUAAUUUUUUUUGUUUUUCAAAGUCAGAGGGUUAAAUAGACGGUCAUACAAAUGAAGAAAGAAGAGCGCGAAAGUCGACCAAUAGUCGAACUCCCGAUGAAAGAGUCUUGCGUGCCUAAGCUAACUUACAAUUUGGAUACAAUUACCUAGGAAAUGGAAAUUUGUAAAUGUAUAGUGUAUACCUAAGGAUAGUAACAAAACCCGAACCCAUGGGUACCCUACGUCCCUACCUAACCCAAUCCAGUCAACGCGGGUAAAACUCGUGUUGACGGAUUUUGGUAUGGGUUGGUUUGGGUUUAGGUAAACCCGCCCCAUGGGUACCCGCCAACACUCAUAUAAUUAAUUUUUUCGGGUUAUUUAAUAUUCUAAACAAUAUAUCUUCCUUAAACAACUAAUCUUCUUUAUGUUUGUGGAGACAUGUCUAAUUUGUUCUUUUUAAUUAUGUACAAUGAAGUUGAUAUUAUGGAAUGGAGAGUGAAGACGCUUAGUUGACAAUGAGAAAGGAGCUUUCAAUUAAUCAUGUUGUUUAUAGAUGUUUAUCUUUAAUUUUGAAUAAUUUGUAUUGAUAAUUUAAGGUUUGCUUGUAUGCUCUAGAUUGGUGUUUUUUUAUGGAUAAUUUUUAUGAGAAAACUUACGUUAGGCUUUUAUUUUGAAAGAGACUUGUUAUUGUAAAUUUUGUACAAAAAAAAAAAUCCAUUGGUACCCAUGAACCCGCGAAAACCCAGCAGGUUGAGUUGGGUUUGAGUUUUUCAAACCCAGCGGAUUUUACCCCGAAUUUUUUGGCGGAUAAACCUAUGGGUUUGGCAAAACCCGCCCCAACACGUCCCAUUGACAUCCCUAUGUAUACCACCAGGGGUGGAGCUAGGUAGGCCCUAAGUAGGGAUGACAACAAAAUCCGAACCCAUGGGUACCCACCCGACCCAACCCGCGUUGACGGGUUUUGGGCCGGGUUCAGGUUUAAACCGCUACACUGUUCACCGGGUUGGGUUGGAUUUGAGUUUAGGUAAACUCGCCCACACACAUAUAAUUACUAACCCGGUAUAUUAAAUAUUCGGGUAAAUUACAAGAUUGGUCACUCGGAUUGUUAAAAACGUUCAUAUUUGGUCACUAAAAAUAUUUCAUUCCAUUUUCAGGGGAGAUUCCGUCCAACUUUCAGCCGAUUUGGAGCUGCAGCUAGUGAAUAUGUCGUUUAAUGACUUCUCGCCACCAAGUUUUGGGAAGCUACAAUGGCUGGACUCGAAUUAGUUAUACGACACUCUUCCAUCGGUGAUGCCAACUGCUCGUCGCUUAAGCGGCUGAGUGCGGAGGAGAACAAGUUAAGAGGUUCGAUCCGUCGUUUAUUUUUAGUGACCACGAAUGAAAUUAAAUAUUUUUAGUGAUCAAAUAUGAACGUUUUUAGUAAUCUCAGUGACCAACUUUGCAAUUUACCCUUAAAUAUUCUAAGCAAUAUAUCUUCCUUAAACAACUAAUAUUCUUUAUGUUUGUGGAGCGCAUGCAUAAUUUGUUUUUUCUAAUUGUUUAGAAUGAAGUUGAUAUUAUAGAGUUGAGAGUGAAUAAGCGUAGUUGACAAGGAGGAAGAAGCUUUCAAUUAAUCAUGUUGUUUAUAGAUGUUUAUCUUUAAUUUUGAACAAUUUGUAUUGAUCAUUUCCGGUUUGCUUGUAUGCUCUAGAUUGUUUUUUUUUUAUAUGAAUAAUUUGUAUGAGACAAUUGAUAUUAAACUUUUAUUUUAAAAGAAACUUGUUAUUGUUAAAAAUUUUACCACAAAAAUCCACGGGUACCCAUGAACCCGCGGAUACCCAGCGAGUUUUACCCCGGUUUUUUUUGGCAGAUAAACCCAUGGAUUUGGGUUUGACAAAACCCACCCCAACCCAACCUAUUGUCAUCCCUAGCCCUAACGGGGCCCGACACCCCGAGAAUUUUGGAGUUACGUACAAAAUUUCGUAGGACUUGGGUAAAUUACGUACAAAUUCAAGGAUAGUUAUAUAUAUACGUCUAGACGCAAUAUUAAUUCAUAUUCAUCGUUGAUGGUUCAAUGUUUGAAUAAGGCUAAACUGCAAGUUUGGUCACUAGAAUUACAUCAAAAGUUCACGUUUGCCACUAAAAUUAAUUUAUUCCAUCCGUAGUCUCACUUAAAUUAGGUUAACAAUCCAAGUUUGGUCACUGGCCGUUAGUCUCCGUUAACUUUUACUGAUGUGGCGGUCAACUCUUAUAGUUGACCGUUAAAUGAAUGACAUGGCAAUUAAAAAAAUAAAAAAUAAAUUAUUUUUAUUUCCACCUAAUUAUUAUAAAGUUUAAAAAAACCAUUGAAAUGGCAGUGGCCAGCAAUUCUCUCCAUCAGAAUCAGCCAGUCCCGACGCCGCCGCCGCCGCCUCCUUUACCGACAUCCAGCGUCAGCGCCCUUCAGCAUCACCAUCACCAUCACCAGCAGCAUUUCUGUUCCCUACUGGAGAUGAUUGAAAUUGGGCUCUACUUAUGGGUUUCUAAGUUUCCCCUGUUCAUCAUUCUUCUUACAUUCUAAUUUUAGUUUCGUUCAUGGUGGUUUUGUUCUGUUCUCCAUUGUGGAAAAUCGACUAAAACCGGCAAUUUCAAUGGUUUUUUUUAAUUUUUAUAACAAUUAGGUGGAAAAUAAAAAAUAAUUAUUUUUAUUUUUUUAAUUGACACGUCACUUAUUUAACGAUCAACUAUAAGAGUUGACCGUCACAUCAGCAAAAGUUAACGGAGACUAACGAUCAGUGACUAAACUUAGACUGUUAAGCUAAUUUAAGUGACUACGGAUGGAAUAAAUUAAUUCUAGUGGCAAACGUGAAUUUUUUAUGUAAUUCUAGUGACCAAACUUGCAAUUUAACUGUUUGAAUAGCCUUACUAUUGCUUUCCCAACGCGGGUUCAAACCUCAGAAGUAUCGAUUUUUAUAUGUUUUUUUUCCUUAGGGUUAUUUUAUUUAUAUAAUUAUUUAUUUAUUCAAACAAUAAUGUGAUGAAAUUUUGUUUUCUAUUUUUGAAAAUAGUGAAAAACAUUUUAUAUAUAUAUAUAUAUAUAUAUAUAUAUAUAUUGAAAUGCAUGAUUAAUUUUUUUCUCUAGUUUUUCAUUUGUUUAUAAUAUAUUAUAGUAAUAAUUAUACCUUAGAGCGAUUUUAAUUAUCUCACCCAAUCUUGUCAUAAUAAUAAAAUUUGAAUUUUUUUUUAUAUUAUCUUAUUUUUUUCUCUUUUUUGUAAUAGUACACUAAAGUACUCCGACCCCCCGAGGCUCAAAUCCUGACUCCGCCCAUGCAUACCACUGUGGAUAAAUAAAUACAUAGCACUGUAUAAUAUAUUAAGUGCAUACCAGAAAAUAGAAAUCACCGAAUUGAUAUAAAAAAUUGCCUAAUGCAUGCUAGAAACGUUCAAAUGCGUACUACUACUGCGGAAAUUAGGGUUGAAUCUCGGCCAGAUCCAUUCAUGACCCUGUAAAAAUCUCGUUCGAUCUGCACUUGCAGGAUCAAUUUAUAAAACUUAUAUGUCCCACAUGUAUUUCCUAUUGACCUUGUCUGACCCGCUCAGGUAGGACAGGGUCAGACCGAAUCAGCGGAUCGGUUCAAAUCAAUCAACAAACUGAUUUUUUGAAAAUCACAUAUUGGUACCCAAAUUUAUAUUUUCUCACAAUUUAGUAUCUAAAAUAUUGUUUUUUCAACAAAUAAGGUCCAUAAAUUUUAGUGGUACUAUUACGUUUUAGUAUCUUUUUAUUUUGUCUUGCAUUAUAUUAUCUGAAAUUUUAAACCUUUACAAAUAGGUCCAAUCUAUUCGCACCCUAUCCUCUCCCAAUUUUAAAUCACUAGUUGUUGCUAUGGUUGAUAAGGCAGAAAAGCCACCCUGCCCUAAUUUGACCCGACUCUACUCAAUCCUUACCAGGACAAAAGAUGAUCCGAUUCUAAACUUCCCUAUGGACAAACUAAAUCAACUCGACUCUCACUCCAAACCGAAUCAGAUCGGUGAGUAUAUAGGGGUCACCCUUACGGCCCUAGUAUAAAUACAUAUGGUAUAAAAAAUUUGAAUGCAUACCAGAAAUUUGAUUCAUACAAGUAACAAUAGAAUACUAUACAUGCCAAUAAUUACCAAAAGUACAUACCAAUACUAGAUAAAUAAUGCAUACCAAAUUCCCAUCGUAUAAAGUGAUCAUACAAACUCAAUUUGAUGAAUCAUUCGUGACCAAGAAAUGGAGCUGAUAAAACUAUAUAUAAAGUGAUCAUACCAAAUUCCCAUAACGACGAAGACCACCAAAAAAGUGAGUGGCGAGAAUAUCACAUUCUCCAGAAUAAGCUUUUCUUUCAUCUUUGUUGAGAAUUGUUCCUCCCUGUCUAGUCCUUUUUGAUUGCGGAUUAUCGUUUCUCUCUUCUUCUUCCUGUUUUAAUUUCCUCUUGUGUGUAGGAAUUAACGACGUGUAUGGAGGAAGAUACGAUACCUGCCGACCCGACAGUAUGCAUUAAAAAGCUAGGCUCUGUGUAUAUAUCAAGUGGCUUGAGAAUAAUUUAACACCAAUUCA